AUGAACAUGUUGGGAGCAUCGCCCACGAGAUCUGGACCCGGUUCCACUCCGGGCGUGAUCAUCUCCCCUCACAGGCGCCGGUGGCCCGGACCAUUGAUGGCCAGCAAAGCACCUCUGUGA